AUGGCGGAAGAGCCAAAAAUAGAGCUCUUUGUGAAGGCCAGCGAGGAUGCAGAGAGUAUUGGAAACUGUCCAUUCUGUCAAAGACUUUUCAUGAUCCUCUGGUUAAAAGGAGCCAACUUUGUCAUCACAACAGUGGACAUGAAGAGAGCCCCUGAUGUGUUGAAGAACUUGGCCCCCGGAUCUCAGCCACCCUUCUUAAUCUACAAUGGUGAGGUCAAAACGGACACGAACAAGAUUGAGGAGUUUUUGGAGGAGAAAUUAUCAGAGCCUCUCUACCCAAAACUGUGCUGUCGUUACAAUGAGUCCAAGACAGCUGGUGAUGACAUCUUCCACAAGUUUUCUGCCUAUAUCAAGAGCCCCAAAAAUGGGCUAUUUAUCCACAUUGAGAAGAAUUUUUUACGGUCACUUGCAAAACUAGAUAAAUAUCUCCUGACUCCUUUGCCCCACGAGUUGGACGAGAAUCCAUGUUUAAUUACCUCCAGACGUUCUUUCCUGGAUGGAGACGAGCUCACCUUGGCAGACUGCAACCUGCUGCCCAAACUCAACAUUGUGAAGGUCGUGUCCAAGAAGUACCGUAACAUUGACUUCAGUACUCUUAAAGGCCUCUCACGUUACCUGGAAAAAUCAUAUGCAAGGAAUGAGUUUUCACAGACCUGCCCUCAAGACAAAGAGAUACUGCUCGCUUACUCAAGUGUGGCCAAUAGGGACUGA